AUGGCCUCCGUCCCACAACACGUUGACGAUCUCCCUAGCGAGAUCCUCAUCCAGAUCCUCAGCCCGAUGACGACCCUCGAGCUUCUCCCUCUCGCCCUCAUCAACCACCGCUUCCACGACCUGGCCCUGCGCAUCAUCCACACCCGCCUGACAGACGCCGCCCGCCUUCCUGACCACGAACUCAUCCUCGAGGCCUACCACCCCUCCGCCAAGAUCUCCACGCCCUAUCUGCACUGCGACUACCUCGGCACCGACGGUCUGGCCGGCUAUGACGAGGACGAGGACAAGCAGCUGACUCUGGGUCAGCUGCGUGGUCUCUACUCGCGCUUCCGGCCCGUCGUGCAGGAGGAGAACCGCAGGGCAAGGGCGAGGUAUCCCAGGGCGAGCAGUGGGCUUGAUAGUGCCGCACAACAAGAGGAUGAGGACGAGGAGGACGAUGAGCACACAGCGUCGGUAAACAUUCAGCUCGACGACGGGGAGAUGUUUAGCCAGCUGUGCGCCGUGACGAACCUGGUCAAGACAGGUCCCAGGAGGGGCCUGUUCCUGAGCCAUGUCAACGUCAACGACGGUGUGGUGCGCGUCUUCAGGCGGUGGCUCAAGGCGAAAGUGUCGUCGGGAGCGGCGGCAGAGGGCGACAAGGAGCAGAUAUUAUGGACGAGCCGCCACAAGACCGUCGGGCUCAAAUUCCGUGUUCGCGAGAACGUCGACAGCAGGCGUCCGGCGCUGUGGUCCGAGGCUGAGGAUGACGAUCUUCCUGUCUCGUACACGCUUGUGUACGAGGAGCUGCUGGUCAGGACAAGCACGCUGCUGCUCGAGGUGGAGAAAUCCGAAGAGCAGGAGGUCACAAGUUCAGGUAAAGCCAUCGUCAUUGCUUCAAUCUAG